AUGUCUGCUGCACAAAAGAAAAAAGUUGUUAUUGUUGGAGGUGGAUUCGUUGGAUUGCAAAUUGCAAUGAAGUUGGAAUCCAAGUUCGAGGUCGUUUUGAUCGAGAAACGUCAAACAUUCUUCCAUUGCGUUGGUUCAAUGAGAAGUAUGGUCGAACCAGAGUUUGCCACCCAAUGUUUCUUGACAUAUGACAAGGUUCUCAAGAAGAGUACAAUUAUCCAUUCCUACGCCACAGAGGUGCAUCCCGAUAGAGUUGUUUUGGACAAUGGAGACCAAGUUACUUUCGACUACCUGGUAAUUGCAACUGGAUCAUACAAUCUUUCGCCAUUCAAAGCACCAAGGGACACUUCAAAUAUCAUUCAAUACUACAGAUCUAUAAGAGACAAAAUCAAUCAGGCCACCAAAAUAUUGGUUGUCGGUGGUGGAGCUGUUGGAGUUGAAUUGGCUGGUGAAAUCGGUACAGACUUUAAAGGCAAGAAUGUUACACUUAUCAAUCGUGGUGAUAGAUUGGUUUCACAAAAAGUUAAUGAUAAAUUCUCCAAGACAGUUGCCGACAAGCUGAAAAAACUGAAAGUUAAUAUCAUGUUCAAUACCUCUAUCGAUAUCCCAAAUGAAGUGACCGAGGCCAAAAAUCAAGAGUCAUACUUCCAAUUCCCAGAAGUUGAAAUGAAAACCUACCACACUAGCCAAGGUGAUGUCGAAGCUGAUUUGGUUUUCUGGACGACCGGUAACAAAUUGAAUAACGAGAUGUUGCGUGGUUUCCCUUUGGAUGGACAAGGUCAAGUCAGAGUCAAUGAAUCGUUCCAAGUCGAUGGAUUCCCAAAUGUCUUUGCUGCGGGUGACAUAUGCAAUACAUCAGAACUCAAGACAUUGGUAAAUGCCAAGAAACAUAUUCCCUUGGUUGCCUCCAACAUUGAAGCACUCUCCAAACAAAAAAAACUCGCCACAUACAAACCUGAAGAAGGAGUUAUGAUUGGAGUUAGUAUCGGUCGAAAGGACGGUGCUGGAUUGAUGCCUAAUGGAAUGAUGUUACCAUCGUUUGUUAUAAAAAUGUUGAAAUCCAAAAAUAUGAUGGCACCGACAACACAAUCUCUGUUAAAUAAAUCAUUUGCAAAUAUUGGUCAAUAA